AUGCCUCUUGACGGUGUCAAGAAUAUAGUGCUGGUCCUAUCCGGCAAGGGUGGCGUCGGUAAAUCCUCCGUAACCCUCCAACUAGCCCUUGCGCUCUCCCUCCAAGGCAAAUCCGUCGGUAUCCUGGACAUCGACCUUACAGGCCCCUCAAUCCCCCGCUUAGUCGGUCUCGAAGAUGCAAAAAUUACACAAUCUCCUUCAGGCUGGCUACCUGUCCCGGUACACAAUGCUACAUCUUCGCCAUCGCCCCGUGGUGCACUUCACUGCAUGUCUCUAGGCUUUCUCCUUCGUGACCGCGGUGACGCUGUAAUCUGGCGCGGGCCGAAGAAGACAGCGAUGAUCCGCCAGUUCCUUUCGGAUGUCUCGUGGGGUCAGACAGAUUACUUGCUUAUUGAUACACCACCCGGGACGAGUGAUGAACAUAUCGCAUUAGCAGAGCAAUUACUUACGCUCUCGACGACGGAUGCGGCGCUUGCGGCGCAGAAUAAUCUCCCCCGUUUGACGGGUGCAGUGCUUGUUACUACGCCGCAAGCUGUUGCGACGUCGGAUGUGCGCAAAGAAGCAAACUUUUGCGUCAAAACGAGUAUUCCUGUUCUUGGUGUCAUUGAGAAUAUGUCUGGGUAUGCUUGUCCAUGCUGCGGGGAAGUGAGUAAUUUGUUCUCGAGUGGUGGUGGAGAGGUCAUGGCACAGCAGCUUGGGAUUCCCUUUUUAGGGAAGGUUCCUGUUGACGUGAAGUUUGGGGAGUUGGUUGAAGGGAAGAUGGAACCUUUUAGUGAUGAUGAGGACGAGGAAGAGGGGGAGGGCGACGGUGUAGCGAAGCAAGAGGAGGUUCAGCCUGCUGAGCCUGAUGAUAGGCCCCUCGUUGAGAAGUAUCCAGAGGGAUGGUCGUAUUCCCGGUUUGAGGGAUUCGCGAAGACUAUCAUUGGCCAUGUACAGCAGACUGCGGCAUCUUGA